AACAUGAUGUUUACAUGUACCACCUGGCUGAGGUCAUAGUUAUUCAGUUUUACAGUUGAUAUUAUAUAAUUUAGUUAAAAUAUUUGCAAGUGUAUUUUCUGAUAGUCGAAUUUAUCUUUAGAUCUUGUCCAUUCAUUUUUUUGCCUUACUCAUCCUUUAGAAUGUUGCACAAAAAAGAGAAAGUGCGAGCGAUGAAAUCAUGACAGUGGUAAUGUCACUUUUCCGAUUACCUCGCAUCAAAUCAACCUGUGCGAAUGACUCGGUAUUAAAUACCCAUUUCCAAUAGUAUCAGGAGCUAUAAGACUUUCUUGGCUAAGUUAAAGCAUAGAUUUGAUUGUGCGUAUCACUAGGAUCACCCCUAAUGAGCGUCCUCUCCGAGGGAAGCAUCUUGGUCCUCAGUUAUCUAUCGCGUUUGACAGAUAUUUGUUACCUUUGAAGUAUGAAUAGCUAUCAAACAAGGAUUCUUUUGAAAGCUGGAUUACCUUAUGGCUCUUCAAAACUUGCCUGGCGCCUUAGAAAGUAUUUGUGGAGAAACUGUGGUAAUAUUCAUGCAUGUUUGUACUCAUUCGUCAGAAAGUUUUCUGAAAAAUCCAUGGAGGACUUCGUCCGAGGAAAACAAGCAACUAUGUCUCUUCAGUGGGAAUCGAAAAAUUUCUCUCCAAAUGAACGAAAGAGGCAAUACAAUCUUGCAGUCGACAAUUUAAGGAUUGCUUUGGAUAAUGAUAAAGAUGGACCACCUUCAAAAUCGGACAUAAGAAUUGAACCUAUCAUCUCAGAAGCAUUGAGAUCUCAAGAUUUAUCACCAGUCAAUGAUGAACUUAAAUUGUGCCUAGAAUCUAACAAGUAUCCCUCCUUCAGUAUUUUACAAGCUCUGGCCUCUCUGAGUGUCGAGUCCAAAAAUUCACAGUGUGUUGGCACGAUUAGAAAUGUAGUGGAAGCUGGGUAUCCGGUGAAAUAUCUGGAGCAUGCCAAGUUACUUUUACAUGCAGCAGAGGUCUCUUGGCGAAUAAAUAAUUUUAGUGAUUUUCAAAUUUUCUUGCUGACUCUCUUCCAAGAUUUUCCGCAGGUCAAAGCGCAAGGCAAACUUCUCCUCAGUCAAAAAAUUGCUGAAGCUGUCCAAUUACAAAUAGAGCCAGCUCUACUCAUUUUAAGAGAUAUUGCACAAAAAUUUAUAGAUGACCAAAAAGAUUAUUUUCCUAUGACAGUCCUUUGGUAUUAUUUGUUCUUCAGCAAUCGACCUUCAAAUUUAGAAAUGGUGGAAGAGCUCCUGAAAAAAAACAAAAUCCUAAUAGUGAGUCUAAGUUACCUCAUGCACUCAAUCGCCUUGAGGCUUUUGGAGUCUAAUCGGGUGCACCAUGUUUUAAAACUCCUUGAAUUUCUCCUGAAACAUGAACUUCAUGAGCAAUAUUCAGCAGUGCAACAGCUUCUCUUCAAGUAUCAUUAUCUCCAUAGGAAUGCUCAAGCUUGUUGUGAAAUAUACAAAUCAUCCGUUCAUAACAAACUGCCCCUCUCUGAGGCCCAGCGAGACCUUUACCUGAAAAUGAUCUCGGAUCUUGACGAUAACAGCUUCAAAAAACUACCCAUAUUGAAACCAAUAGAGAUAAAGUUUUAAUCCUAAAUUUUUUAUUAUUGUUGACAAAAUGUGACACUGUUACUAGUGGAUUUUUCAACAUCCAACCGGCAAAAUACAUAAUCUCUCGAGAAUGUGACAUGAUUUUGAUUGAAAAAAUAUUUUUUUAUGGACCAGUCAAGUAAUUUCUAUUUUCUGUAGCUCUUAGAAUUACGAGGCAUAUGCUAAGUACAAAUCAUGUGGGUAUAAAUUUUUGUAUACCUAUUUUUCAAAUUGACUUUUUUCUCAUAAAAUAGUGACCAAAAAAAUGCAGGACUUGCUGUGUACUUAAUGAACUGGACAGUUGGACAAAUUCAACCAGUUCCAACCUAACAACAUUUUUGUUCCUAGUUUCCUCUCAUGUCUAACAAAUAUUUACCCAGUCUAACAUAAUGAAAUUUUCGGUGAAAUUCCUGUUCAUCAAGUAUUUUUUGUCUGUGAUACAGAAUUUCUUCCAUCUGUUUGAAAAUACGCUGAGAAUUGUUUUGUUUUACUUGAUUGUUGUUGAACGUUGUAUGCAUUAUUAAACCAAUAAUACUGAA